UAUGUAUCUUGUUUAUUUAUCGAGUGUUAUAAUGCUUUUAUACUUUCUGAUGUGUCAUAUAAUGCUAAAUGUUGCUCUGAAUCUAGAAAACUAAAAAGUUCUCACAAUAUACCAAAAAGCAGAUUACCGUCAUGGCGAACGUAAACGAAAGGAAUUUAUAUGAAGUGGACGAAAAUAGUGCUAUUACACGUAGUCGAAGUAAACAGUGGGUUCGUCUAAAUGUUGGAGGUACAUACUUUUUGACAACAAAAACAACGCUUUCUCGCGAUCCUAACUCGUUUCUCUUCAGGCUGUGCCAAGAUUCGGAUUUGAUCUCAGACAGGGAUGAAACAGGCGCAUACCUCAUUGAUAGGGAUCCUACAUACUUCAGUCCGAUUCUGAAUUAUUUAAGGCAUGGAAAGCUUGUCAUAAACAAAGAUUUAACAGAAGAAGGAGUUUUAGAAGAAGCAGAGUUCUACAAUAUAACAGAGCUCAUCGAUCUAGUAAAAGAACGCAUUUGUUAUCGAGAUGGUCCACAUACAAGAGAAUCAAAGAAACAAGUGUAUAGAGUAUUACAGUGUCAUGAAGAUGAACUCACACAGAUGGUCUCAACUAUGUCUGAUGGUUGGAAAUUUGAGCAGCUGAUUAAUAUUGGGUCACAGUACAAUUAUGGGAAUGAGGAUCAUGCAGAAUUUCUUUGUGUGGUCUCACGGGAAUAUGGGAUAAAUGUGCGCAGUUCAAAAGAAACGGAGCCAACAGACAGAGCAAAGGUUUUGCAGCAGAAAGGAUCACGGAUGUGAAUCUCGGUUGGAGUGGGAAUCCAGUUUCAGUGAUUGGGAUUUGGACUCUAUUUUUUUUUUAUUUCUGCAGCUUUGAGUCUAACAAAUGUGGUUGUAAAAUGGUGGUCACAAAAAUAACCCCACGAGAUUACCAGAAGGUAGUGAGUUGUAUGUAGACAGCCAUGCUUGCGUUGCCAGAGUUGUUUUGGAGUAUUGGCGGUAAGAUGAGAUUAUCGUAGAAACUGGAUUUUAUUCUCAAGAGUAUGUCCUGUGUUUUGAGAAUUGAUGUCAGAGGGUCUGUGCGAUGCAGUUCUAGAAGUGAUAUUCUCCUAAUAGGUAUGGACUUUCUUAAACAUGCUGAGUCCUGUCGAAGGAGAAUUUACAUUUUUAUAGCUACAGGUCUUGAAAUAUUAUUUCUCUCCUCAGUUCUGAUUGUGUGUGAAUUUCCCUUUGUUCACAACUGAUGUCUAGUUCCCCCUUCUAUAAAAAUGACCCACGGUUGGUCAUUAAUUUAUUGACUUCCAUUACUAUAACAGUACGAAGUCUUAUUGGAGGUUUUUUUAAACAUUUUACCUGUUGUUAGUCUGCUGCAUGAUUUGUACUGUUUUUGCUAAGAACAAAAAGAAACAAGAGAGGUAAGAAUCUGAGCAUUCUUUUGUUUCCUGUUGAAGCUCUUGGCAGCGGAACCCAUAAAACUUUUUACUUUUCUAUUUGUAUGUUUUGAGACUCUGUAAAUUCUUGUAGCUGUUUAUUACUGUGUUAUCAGUGAGGUAAGUCUUCUUUGAGGUAUACAUUGUUCUUGGUCAUCACUGUAGGUCAGAUGAGAUUGGAACAUUUAUGCUCUCACAUGCUUUACAUUUAUUAAGCAUCUUUUUCCUUUUAGUGUGCAUUAGCAAUGUUAAAUUUAUUAACAUUGAUCAGCUUUGAUGUGUCAAGUGUUCAAUCUCUGUUGAAUUGUCCAGUAUAACUUAUUAUGGCAGGAAAGGAUAUAUUGUCUGUUACUCAGCAGAAAAGCUACGAUGUUUAGCAGUGUAGGUGAACAUUGUUGGGAGAACAUACGGACCUUGUAAAAAAAUAUAAGGCUCUAACUUAGCAUAUUGUAGCGUAUUGUACGUUUCAACUGGUGAAUUUCUUGCUGUCAUGAGAUUUCCUUGUCAAAGCUUUUCACCUGAGUAACAAAUGGCACUGUCCACAGACCAGGAGAAAAUC